AUGGGAGAAGCUAUUGGAAUGAAGUUGCAUGAAUUUCCGACUUUCCACUUCCGAAAGAGAAGUUUCAACUUCCAUGCUACUCUGGUUUACACUGUGAAAACACAGACCAUAGAUGUUGCACCUGUUGAAAAAGAUCGUCAACCGAAUUCCAUCACUCUCUUUCCACUCUACCAAACUCCUCGUCAAGCUUUGAUCAACCACAAUCAAAGAGAACUACACCAACUUCUUGCAGUACAUCCACCUGAAGAAGUGGAAUCUUCCGAAGGCCAAGAUGAGAAUCUUUUCGUAUUCGUCUGCCAGCCUCCAGACAAUCGUCCCUUGUAUGCAAUGUUUCCAAAUGGUCGAGCAGUGAAUGAGGACUCUUCGGCUAUUGCAUCAGCAAUAAAUGACUUGGUGCAAGCAAUUCAGUGUGCGGAACAAGGUAACCUGGCAAACCUCUUUAAUCCAUUGACCACCAAUUUGAUUCCUAAAAAAAGUGGUAAUGAUGAUGAUGAAUGCAAAAACUCUAUACUGGUUCUAGAGAAGACAAAUAGUAGUUGUAUUGGACAAGAAAACAUGUGGUGA